GCUCGCCUGCCUUCCAGCUACCGCGCACCGCGGGGAGCGUCCCCGACUGCCGGCCGGCGUGCAGCGCUCGGACCCUGGCGUCCCUCUGCCACCGGGAACCGUCCCCUUGGGUCGUCGCCCCGGUCAUCCGCUGUUCCUCGGCCCUGAGGGGAGGCGGCGGGGGGUAGAGGUCAACAUGAGCUGGGGGUCCCGCUGGGCCGGCGCCAGGCAGGGGGCGGCGGCCGCUGUGCAGCUGCUGGUCACCCUGAGCUUCCUUCUGAGGGUCGUCGAGGCCCAGGUCACUGGCGUUCUAGGAGAUUGCUUGUGUGAUAUUGACAGCAUUGACAACUUCAACACCUACAAAAUCUUCCCUAAAAUAAAACAAUUACAGGAGCGAGAUUAUUUCCGUUAUUACAAGGUUAAUUUGAAGCGACCAUGUCCUUUCUGGGCAGAAGAUGGACACUGUUCAAUAAAAGAUUGUCAUGUGGAACCAUGUCCAGAGAGUAAAAUUCCAGUUGGAAUUAAAGCUGGGCACCCAAAUAAGUACUUGAAAGUGGCAAACAGUUCCAGAGAAUUAGAAGAUUGUGAGCAAGCUAACAAACUGGGAGCGAUUAACAGCACCUUGAGUAAUCAAAGCAAAGAAGCUUUCAUUGACUGGGCAAGAUAUGAUGAUUCACAGGACCAUUUUUGUGAACUUGAUGAUGAGCGAUCUCCAGCUGCUCAGUAUGUAGACCUGCUGCUGAAUCCAGAGCGUUACACCGGCUAUAAAGGGUCCUCUGCGUGGAGAGUGUGGAACAGCAUCUAUGAAGAAAACUGCUUCAAGCCUCGGUCUGUUUAUCGUCCUUUAAAUCCUCUGGCACCCAGCCGAGGUGAAGAUAAUGGUGAAUCAUUUUAUACAUGGUUAGAAGGUUUAUGUCUGGAGAAGAGAGUCUUCUAUAAGCUUAUAUCGGGACUUCAUGCUAGUAUCAAUUUACAUCUCUGUGCAAAUUAUCUUUUGGAAGAAACUUGGGGUAAACCUAGUUGGGGGCCAAAUAUUAAAGAAUUCAAACGCCGCUUUGACCCUAUGGAAACCAUGGGAGAAGGUCCACGAAGGCUAAAGAAUCUGUACUUUCUGUACUUGAUUGAGCUUCGGGCUUUGUCAAAGGUAGCCCCAUACUUUGAGCGCUCAAUUGUCGAUCUUUACACUGGAAAUGUGCAAGAAGAUGCUGACACAAAAGCCCUUCUACUGGAUAUCUUUCAAGACACAAAGUCGUUUCCUAUGCAUUUUGAUGAGAAAUCCAUGUUUUCAGGUGACAAAAAGGGAGCAAAAUCACUAAAGGAAGAAUUUCGGUUGCACUUUAAGAAUAUCUCCCGUAUUAUGGACUGUGUUGGAUGUGAUAAGUGCAGAUUAUGGGGGAAAUUACAGACUCAGGGUUUAGGAACUGCCCUCAAGAUAUUAUUCUCUGAAAAAGAAAUUCAGAAGCUUCCAGAGAAUAGUCCAUCUAAAGGCUUCCAACUCACUCGACAGGAAAUAGUUGCUCUUUUAAAUGCUUUUGGAAGGCUUUCUACAAGUAUACGAGAGUUACAAAAUUUUAAAGUCUUACUACAACAAAGUAGGUAAUAAAGGCUUUUAUAGGUCUAGUUAAGAGACAUACAGUGACUGUGAAGCCUUGUUGUCUUGGACACUCACCAGAAAGACUUCAAGACUUCUGAACUCUUAAAGGAGAAUUGAAAUGGUCACUUGAAUAUUUAUGAUUCUCAAUAGACUAUUGUCAAUAAGAGAUAUUUAUAAAUGAAGUAUAUACUUUUAAAACAUGUAAGUUAUACUAAUUUUAUGUCUAAUUUCAUGUGUUUCCAUCUGUUGAAUAGUCUAUUUGUUUAUAAUUGGUUUUGUUCCUCAUGUGUUAGCCUGGUUGUCAAAUAGUAGUAAAUGACUGUAGGAGAACUAGGGAACUGAAUGUUGUGUAGGGCUGGUAUCAGUGACAAAAACUUAUCAGUGGUUUCCUAAAUGUGUUUUUAGCCUUGCUUAGCUCUCUGUGUGUCACCUUUUAGAAUAUGGAGCAGUGCAGGUAUUGAAUGGCUCUCUCAAUGAAUAGUUUAACAGAGGCUCCUUAAGAUUUCCCAGGGCUUUAAGUUCAAUUUCACUGUUUUGUUUUAAAAACUUUUGUUGCUGUUGCUGUUUGGUUUGGGGUCACAAGCCCUGUUUGGGUAAAGAUGACAAGUAUUGUCCACAAUGCUGAUCUAGAAAGUUUUCAUGUGUGUGGAUGAAUUAGCUCCAGGACAGUCUUACUUAGAACUUAGACAACCUUCUUUCCAUUUUACCUUUAUUUUUGUCCCUACCAAUAUUUUAGAUACUUUCAGUUGCUUUAAUUAAAAAUUUGUAUAAAUAUUUAUUUAACAGAUUACUUCUUGGAAAAUUUGAGUUCAGUUAUAUUAAUUUAUACCAGUUAAAACAUUAUAUAUGCAAAAAUUGCUAUCUUAAGUAAUGGUAAGCAUUUGUAAAGAAUUUAACUUGGUAAUACUAUCUAUGCAAUCCUCUCAGUGUGAUUUUCUUUGGUGAUAUUUCAGCAGGUAGAUUAGGUCAGGCAUCCUUCAAGCUGGCUCCCCUGUCCCUUUUUCUUCACAUAUUUAGUUAAUUGUAUGUUAAUGGUACUUGGUGUAACUCAUUCCAACAGAUGAUUCAUAAAAUCCUAAACUGUCAUUUUCUAAACUUGGAACUUAAACCUAUAAGCAGUAUUUUUUUUUAAUCUUGAUUAUUUUGUAAUGAUGUCACUAAAUAGAAUGUAAUUAAUCUGAAAGACUGCAUUUAGGUAAAAGAAACGCGGGUACAGAAUCUAGAGUUUUGACUUCAGUCUUUUCUGGAGUAAAUAAUAAGUGCUCUUAAAAUAUGUCUCUUAUCCUGCCCAAGUCUGAAAUCUGUUCCUUAAUGAUUUAGUGACAUGUUUUAAACCACAUUUAGUUGGCUCACACCUCUUUUCAGUACUUAACCAUUGGUUGGGGGAGUUAGUUCUCACAAGAGCUAUUUAUUUUUCAUCUAAUUCCUGAACUCUCCAAACUUGAAAUUUUGUUGAUUUUUUGUGUGUGUGUGUGUAUAUGUUUGCAAAGUUAAAUUUUUAAAAGGCUCGUUCGAUUGGAACUCCCUCCACUUUUUCUUUUCUGUGUAAGGGUUGAAAGGAAACACAGUGGAGUAUGAGGCCUCAGGGCAAACUGUCUAAAAAGUGACUAAGCAAUCUUGCUAGUUAAUUAGAGCAAUUGUUUUUAGUUGUUCAUUCAUUCACUUUCUGAAAAUGUGAAAAUGUUGCACUUUGUAUAUUAUUACUGUAAAUUUACAGAUCUUUUUCGUAGUGUUACUUCACAUUCCCUCACUUAAACCUCUUUGGAGCAAAGCCUUGGGCAUUUCCAUUUAUUGUGCUUUUUUUUUUUUUUUUUUUUUUGCUAUGAUUUGUUUCAAGCUUACGAAAAAUGGUUUAUUAGAGUGUGUUCUAGGAAAUUCAAUUUUUUUCACUAUUAAGAAAAUAAAUGAAAAAUUUGUAAGCUAAACUUUAUUUAACUUAUCACAAAUUAGGUUGUGGGGGUGGCCUACAUAUUUGUAUGUGUGUGUUUUUCUUAAAUGUAUAAACUGUAGGAAUCUGUUUCAUGAGCCUGGUGACAUUUUACUGUUUCCUGUAUUAGAAACUGUUGGGAUAGUUACCAUGCCUUUGUUGUGAAGUACUGCUAGAGUACUGUCUGCAUUGUGAAAAUGCUGGGCUGCUGAGUACUUCCUGGCAUAUUGUCUUUAUCUCAUGACCUAAUUUAAAAAGCCCACAUUGAAUAAUAUAACUGACAGUAAUGAUUGUACCAGCUUUUGAACUGAUGAAAAAGAAGGAAAGAAAAAUACUCCUUCCUUCAGUGGCAAACAUUCGUUUUUAUUCUCAACUGGUAUCUGUGCAAGUUACACAAACUAAAUAUUGAUAAACUAUGAAUGUUUCUCCAGUUUUGACUUUCCAAUUAUGAGGAGGAUCAAACACAACAGCACUAGAUUCAGUUUUGAAAUAAGUCAAAACAUUUAGACAAUUAACAUAUUGAGUUACGCAGUAUUUGUGAUCACUGUGUACAUAUGAGAUACUGUGCUAUGUUUUUCAACUUUGCCCAGGUGCCAUUGUAUGUAAGAAAGGACAGCUAUUUUGGUCUUCAUCAACAUUGCCUUCAGCUGGAAAUUUGGGAACAGUUCACACAGUAAACCUCUCAGAAGUUUGCAAACUCAAGUUUUCUGCAGAAACUGUAGCUACUCACCAAAAACAUACAGAGUAGGUGCAUGGUAUCAUGAAAAUCAUU